AUGAAUACUUCAUUUGAAUCUGAAAAACGCGGAAUCCAAUCGGAAAUCCAAAAACUCGAGUGCUAUGAGCGGAACUGCCUUCAAGGAUUGCUCAACUGUGACAGAACCUUCCAGCAAGUGGCCCCACAAUUGUCGCCAGCAGAAUACGAAAGAUACGCUCAACAAACUCAAAAAGUAGCAGAAGCAGCCACGUACUCGUUCAUGUUUGUGAAGAGUGUCAAAGAUGAUAAGAUGGUGGAACUUCAGCAAUUGGAGCAAAAGAAAGCUGAGCAGCAGUUUUGGGCUCGCAUGGCAAGUCAGGAGGAGAAGUGA